AUGAAUUGCAUUGAUUUUACUCUAAGAAGAGGAUGCCAGCAGGAAACUCACUCCUCUUAUGUGGUCUACGAAGCACUUGAUGCACCUAAAGUUACUUGGAAUGCAGCAGUUAUUGCAAAUGACUCUGCCCUGGCAAGAAUUUCCAGUAUAGAACAGCUUUGUGACGUGCAACCCGAGUUAUCCCUCGAUUCUGCUUACUGGACUGCUCUAAAACUCAAUAGCAAUGGUUCGUUUCAAUGGGGGCGUGUACCUUAUAUCACAGCUCAGGUACCCUUAGAACUCCUGGAUAACACAACAUCAUUGGACCGUUGUUAUGCCAUAAGUAACUCUGCGAUGAAGCUGAAGUCGAUGGAUUGCAGCGUUAGACUUCCUGUUGUAGCCUCCUAUAUCGUUCCAGGUGAUUUAGAUCCGAAUGGUAUUAUGCCUAAUUAUACAGAUCAUUGCCUCCAAUAUCUGGCGUUACAAUAUUCCUGGUCUUGUGAAGAGCAUAAUAGUACAUUGGUCGGUAGCUGCCAAAUCGAGGACACUCUCCUGAACUGCUGUCAAAGCUAUUGUAGAGAAGGGAAUGAUAUUUACUUCAUAGAUAUGGGAUCAGGUUCGGAUACUAAGUUGAUAAAAGUGCCCAAAAGAAUUUCCACUGAUAUUGAAACGAGUUUUGAUACAAAUAACAACAGCAGUGAAAGCCAAUUGGUCAGGAUUAUUAUCACCCACAAAGUGUUUAAAGACGCAGGAAGGGUCAUCGCAGUAUUGUUGCACCGGAAGGCAAGUAAUGAAGACAGCCUUUGGACUUAUAACAGAAGCAGCUACAGAUUGAUCUCUGAUGUCGUGGGAGUUAAACUUGACCCUCCCCAGAAUGAAACUAUUCAAAAUAAAAUCAUCAUUCAUUUUAGUCACAACGAGACGGGCAUUGACCCAAAAGCUGUUGAAAGGAAAUGUGUCUUCUGGAUGGAGGAUUUCAGCUCGUCGAACGGUUCAUGGUCAACUGAUGGUUGCAUGGUACUGAAUGAUUCUUCGAUGCUAUCGACCGUUUGCAGUUGUAACCACCUCACGAAUUUCGCAGUUCUAAUGCAAUACAAGGACAUUGAGGAGGAUAGCAUUCCACCAGAGCACAGAAGGGCUUUGCUCAUCAUCACCUAUAUUGGUUGCUCCUUGUCCCUCUUUGGGGAAGUAAUGGUUAUCUUCUUCUAUGUGACAUUUAUGAAGAUCAGAGCCGAAGGAAUCCAAGUCAGGCUAAAUCUUUGCACAGCUCUGUUUCUUGCUCAACUGGUAUUUUUAUCCGGAAUCGAUGCCACGAGUAAUAAGUCCGUGUGCAUCUUAGUGGCUGUUUUACUCCAUUACUUCUAUCUGGCAGCGUUUGGGUGGAUGCUUCUGGAGGGAGUUUUCCUGUACGUAAUGAUUGUUGAGGUAUUCAACACAGUGGACAUGCGAUACCUCUAUUUCUUUGGCUGGG